AUGGUGGCUCUCUCUCAGGCAUUCGUGCGCAUCUCCUCUCCAUCUCUUGGGCCCGAUCUAGAGGCAGAGUUCUACAUCAGCAACGCGUCGAAUCAGCCCGGCUAUGGCAUCGCCCUCCUCCAGCUUCUGGGCGAGGCAACAGCGAUCACGCAGGACGAUACGUACUGCCAAGCAUUGGCUUCCAGUUUCAAGAACCAUGUCAAGACUCGAUGGAAUCCUAGCGACGAGAUCACGCUGGCGAUCCAAGAUAGUGAGAAGGAGCAGAUCAAGAGCUUGGUGGUGAGGUUGAUGCUGGCCUCACCGCCGAGAAUCCAGAGCUUCCUACGUCAAGCUGUGGCAAUUAUCAGUAGCUAUGAUUUCCCAAACAACUGGAAAGGGUUGCUGCCGGAACUCGUCAUGAGAUUGUCAUCAUCCACAACCUAUGCUUCCAUCCACGCGAUCUUGCGGGCUGUCAACUCUAUCUUCCAGAAGUUUGGGCAUGAGUCCAAGAGCCCGGAGCUGUAUUCGGAUCUCAAGUACUGCUUGGAUGGAUUCGCAGCGCCACUGCUGGAAGUUUUUACGAAGAUCGGGGCUGUGAUAAAGGCUACUACACCCGUGGAUGCAGCUACUCUCGAGACGCUGCUUGAGUGCCAGAAACAGUGCUGCCAGAUCUUCUACUCGCUCAACUCGCAAGAGCUUCCAGAGUUUUUCGAGGACCACAUCAAGGAAUGGAUGGGCGAGUUUGAGUACUAUCUCUCGUAUGCAAAUCCAGCUCUCACAUCAUGCGAGACUGGCAUCGUGGAUCAAGUCAAGACGGCCGUGUGUGACAACAUCAACCUCUACAUGGAGAAGAACGAGGAGGAGUUUCGAGACUUCCUUCCGGGGUUGGCAACAAGCGUCGGGAGCUUACUGAUGUCCACGUCUUUGCAACCAGCACAAGACCAACUGGCUAUGGCCGCCGUGAAGUUUUUGACAACGGUGAGCAAGAGCGUGCAUCAUGGGCUCUUCAGCGGGGCUGAUACUCUGAGACAGAUCUGCGAACGCAUUGUCAUCCCAAAUGUUCGAAUUCGCGAGGAAGACGAGGCGCUCUUUAGAGACAAUCCUUGGGAAUACAUUCAAAAAGAUAUCGAGGGGAGCGACAUGGACACGAGAAGACGUGUGUCUUCCGAGCUCAUCAAAGGGCUCAUGCUACACUACAGGGAGCCAGUUAAAAGUUUGAUGGCCGAGUUGCUGCAACGCUUGUGUAGUGUAAGCUCGGGCUCGAAAGACAAGGACACCGCUAUCUACUUGAUCGUUGCCUUGGCACAGAGGCAGUCGAGCUUCACAGUUGGAGCUACCACCGAUCUCGUCAACGUGGAGCAGUUCCUUGCGUCGCAGAUCAUCCCGGCACUCCAAGGAAACGAGCUCCUCCUCCAGGCCAGUGCGCUCAAGUUCGUCACAAGCUUUAGAAGUGCCGCCUCCAAAGCUGUGGCGUUGGGACUGAUGCCGCAGAUCAUCAAGCUCUUGCUCAGUGACUCCGUGGUCGUUUGCUCGUAUGCCGCAUGGUGCGUGGACAGGUUGCUGCUGGUGAGAGACGGAGGAGCGCCACGCUUCUCCUCGGCAGACUUGGCUCCCUUCCAGGACCAGCUCCUGGCAAACUCGCUCAGUGGAUUGCAGCGUCUGGGCUCGCAGGACAAUCCUUACGUGAUGAAGUGCAUCAUGAGAGUUCUAUCCUUGGCGGAAGAUCAAGCAGGUAUGCGCCACCUGGAUGGACUGAUGGAGAUCGUCAUCCGAGCUCGAGACAACCCGGCCAAUCCAGCGUUCAACCAUUACGUCUUCGAGUCGGUGUCCGUGCUCGUGAGAAAGGCCUGCCACCACCGCGAUCUAGACGUCGUUAUGGCCUUUGAGGAGCGGCUCUUCCCGGUGUUCCAAUCCAUCCUCCAAAACAACGUCGCGGAGUUCCAGCCAUACGUCUUCCAGGUACUCGCGCAGCUGGUUGAGUCAAGAGCCCAGCCCAUCCCCGGAGUGUAUCUCCAGCUCUUCCCGAUGCUUCUCGCCCAGCUCUCGCAGCAGUCGUCGGGGAGCACCCCUGCCAUGAUCCGGCUCCUCGAGGCCUUCUUGCUCAAGGCACCGAGGGAGAUAGCACAGGCAAACCAGCUCCAGGAAGUUUGCAACCUUGUCCAUGCACUAGUGUUGCGGAGGAGCACUGAGGACUAUGCCUUCUACAUCGCCAAUGCGGUGGUGGAGAGCCUCGGGCAGGAGCAGCUGAUGCCGGCAAUUGAUCGGAGCCUUUGGACGUCCUUCUUCUCCCGAGCCAUGGGAGGCCAGCGCACUGUCAAGUUCCUCAAGCUCCUGACGCUCUUCAUGGCGCUCUUCACCGUCAAGCACGGUCCCGGAGGGCUGGUCGACUCCAUCAACAGGUUGCAGCCGGGGCUCUUCACCAACGUGCUCGAGCAGCUGUGGAUCCCGGCUCUGAGCUACAUCUCGGGGAGAAUCGAGACUAAGCUCUGUGCUGUGGCGUCGGCGAGGCUUUUGUGCGAGUCGCAAGUGCUUGUGGGCGACCAGAUCUUGUGGAGGAAGCUACUGGAUGGCGUAGAGACGCUGAUGGCGAGGCCUGAUGAGGAACAAGGACAGGUAGAGGAGGACGUUCCAGAGAUGGAUAUAGUGAGUGGCUACUGCGGUGGAGGCUACGCGCAGCUCCACAAUUCCGGGAGGAAGGAAGAGGAUCCUCUCAAAGAUGUCAAAGAUGCUAGAGAAUACGUUCGUGCCUCGCUCCAAAUGAAAUCCAGCUCCUCGGCAAUGGCGGUGGUACGUAGCAGAGCUCCGGAGCAGCAAAUGCGAGCCGGAUUUUCUUGCGUCAAGAUCUAUAGAAUCCCUCUUGCAAAUGUUGAUAUUGAUGUUGUUGUUGCUGUUCAUCCUGUGCUUGCCUCACCUACGGACUUCAUCUUCACGAUCAUCCAUCUCUGGAGAAGGCAUUAG